UGAGGGUGCCAGAUCAUGUAUCACUUUGUAAGUCAGAGGAAGGUUGUUAAAAUUGAUCUGCUGUUUUAUGGGGAGCCUGUACUGACACAAGGACAGAGGUGCUGUGCUCACAUCUCUAAUCUCUUGUCAAUAUUCUCACAGGACACUUUGGGUGACUUGUUGAUUUAAUGCAGCAUAAGGAGAUAGACUAAUUUAUCUUACAGUGGUUGAUGCUGAGUGAUACAUGCAUCAAAGCCGAGAUUGCCACAUUAGAUUUUCGUUUUUUUUUUUUUCAGAUCAUGAGGGAAAUAGGUGAGAUUAAUGAAUUUGAAAUUAAGGUGUUUUUUUAACUACGUGAGAAACGUUUUUGCCAUCCAGCUUCAGUGAGGCAACUGCUGUGCUUUUGCUGCAGAUAGACACUGAAUUCAGGGAUGAUGUUACCAAGACAACCAUAUAAAGACUAAAGGUCCCAUCACUGACUUCUGUGGAAGUCAGACCUGAAAGAUUUUAGCCCACCUGUGCAAUGAUAUUAUGAUGAGUCACUGCAUUCCAGUGAAAACUACAGCCAGAGUGGAUAGGGAGCUCUGGCAGAACUAGAAAAAAGUUAAACUCUUGCUCGAGGGAAUUUUCAGUUCUAUAUUUCUAGUGACACAGUCACUGAAAACUGGAAAAUCAUCAGAAAUGUGUUUGGAGAUAAUUAUUUUAUGGAUUUGUUCCGAGAAAAGGACAAGAAGAACUGUAGACUUUUCUCUGUAUCCUUAACACAACCAAUUAAUGAAUGUAUAUUUAAGUUGGAAGCUAUUUGAUAGAGAAUUAGAGAAAUGUAAGCUUUUGGCAAAUUACGCAGGGACAGUUAAUCAUAACUUCUACCACAUGUGCGUGCGUAAAGUGGAUGGCUGGGCGCGCACACACGCAACACAUCACUGCGGGGAACAGCCGUUGUCAGACGCGUUAUUCGGAGUGGGAGUGAGGGCUAUGGACGAUUUAUCGACCGAUUCGCAUCACAGGCUGGAGCAGUCUUCUCUAAAACAUUCCACAUGGUCUACUUUUGUCUCAUCCAUGAGCUUUAAAUAAAGUCUACCUGAAUAUGAGACGCAUAGACAACAAUCGGUGAUCUCUGUGUUUGCUAAGAAGGUUUAGACUUAAUUCGGAUUCUUUUUUUCUUGAUGUCUUACUCGGAUGUGGCACAUAUCUGGAUCCAAUAAGAGAACUUCUCAGCGUCAGACGCGUCUGCGGCGGGGGAGACCAGUGGAGGGACUCGGAAACUUGUGUGGUGCAGGAGACGGUCUCUCUUUUUGAAUCGGCGCUGCCACAGCUGUCACAGAGAGAGAGAGAGAGCCAUGGUGAACUCCCUCAUACUGAUGCUCAGCUGGACUGUGAUCUCUGAGGUGGCGAGAGCUCAGAAUGACACGGAGCCUAUCGUCCUGGAGGGAAAAUGCCUCGUGGUCUGCGACUCUAACCCGACCACAGACUGGAAGGCUUCGUCCUCUCCGCUCGGCAUCUCAGUGCGCGCCGCCAACUCCAAGGUGGCUUUCUCUGCAGUCCGGAGCAACAACCAUGAGCCAUCGGAGAUGAGCAACAAAACGAGAAUAAUCUACUUCGACCAGGUUCUUGUGAAUAUAGGAAACUACUUCACAUUUGAAUCAGUUUUUUUGUCCCCAAGAAAAGGAAUCUACAGUUUUAACUUCCAUGUCAUUAAAGUGUACCAGAGCCAAACCAUACAGGUGAACUUGAUGUUGAAUGGGAAACCAGUCAUCUCUGCCUUUGCGGGUGACAAAGAUGUAACUCGUGAGGCAGCCACCAAUGGAGUUCUGCUCUAUCUAGAAAAAGAGGACAAAGUCUACCUAAAGCUGGAGAAGGGAAACCUAGUUGGUGGAUGGCAAUACUCAACAUUUUCUGGCUUUCUUGUGUUCCCUCUGUAAAAAAAACAAAAAGCUCACUGACUUCUUCAUAAUGUGUUGUCACUGUAUAAUCAAAACAUUGCUGCUGCGUCCAUUGGAUCUUGCCAAAUGGUUGAAAAAUUAUAGAUGGAAAUGGAUCAAAACAGAGCGAGGAAAUAAGACUUUGGAAAUCGUUCACAUUCUCUGGAAGUGCUGAGUCCCCGUCCAGAUGAAAGAGACUUGAAAUGUUCCCAGUAUGUUCCUGUCACUCAAACAGCCUCAGCGAGAGGAACGCUAAAACAUCCCAAAAGUACUUUUCAAACUUUGACUUGUUGGAAUAUAUUUAGCAUACUUACAGCACAUAUUUUUUUCAUGGCAAUUGUUGCAUUCAAGUACAUCUGCCUUUUGGGUGUAAACUGUGUAUGCUUGUGUGACUUGUCAUCACCAAGGUAUUCACAUUGCUAAGGAUUGGGGGGUGUCUUCUCUGGAGCUAAUUGUUCCAGGCCAGGUGUUGGGCAAAGAUAAUAGUAAUAAUAGAGAUAAUAGUGAUGUAAGUAACUGAUUACCAAAACAAUGUUAAUGGAAGUUGCUUGAUGGAACAAAUUAAUUUGAAUUUGAUUAUACAAAAAGUUGUAGUCUGCUCUUUCAGU